CUGGAUCUGAGCAAAAGAUGUGGGUUUAUGGAUGCUGACCGCAUUUCAUAAUAAAAAAAAAUACGUGUUAGGCCUUCAAAUGGAGGAGACCAAAGAAAACUUAGCAUAUAAAGGUGUUGUUGAGAGGCUGACGCUCGGCAUUACUCGAAUACUUGAGAGCAUGCCAGGUGUGGUGGAUGUGCGCUUUGCAGAGAGGGAUCCUGCUGACAAGAGGAGUCUGCUGUCAUGGGAACAGAAAAAUGGCUGUAUUUUACCAGAGGACCUCCGAGACUUUUACCUAACAAUUGAUGGAUUCACUUUAACAUGGAGCGUCAAGCUUGACAAUGAGUGUGUUCCCCUGGGGUCCAUGGUGAUCAACAGUGUGACCAGGCUUUGCCCACUGCUUCAGCCAGUAUCUGUGUUCUCUCUGCCCAAUGCACCUUCACUGGCUGAUCUGGACUGGGAGGACAGCAGCACAGAAAGAGCACCCGAUCAUACUGCACCUCAUUUUGACGCCCGGAGUCGCAUCUUUGAGUUGGAUUCUUGUGGCGGGAAUGGAAAAGUGUGCCUUGUCUACAAAAACUGCACCCAAGGUGUUGUAGCCCAGCAGAGUGAGAUCUGGUUCCUGGACCGCUCUUUGUACUGGCAUUUUAUGACUCCAACUUUUACCGCCUACUACCGACUGAUGAUAACACACCUUGGUCUACCAGAGUGGCAUUACGCCUUCACCCCUUAUGGCCCAAGCCCUCAAGCAAAGCAGUGGGCAUCUCUCUACCAGCCCCUGACGUACAACUGUGACAGCAGUCCGGCAGAGUCAACGGAUUACUUUCGGAACAAGCUGGAUCCCACCUUGGCCUUUAAAGGCAAAUCAAAGACACCAACCCCCAAGAAGAAGCAGUCGGCACAAUGCAGCUCAGGGGCCACUAUCAAGCCCCAAGGAAACACAGGAAAACACAGUGGAGCCAAGAGGUGAACCAGCGUUUAUCCCACAGAGCGACUUCAAGAAGCGUUAUUCUCUGUACGACCAGAAUCUGCUUGACUUUCACUGGAGUUUAGUGCAAUAAAAGAGAGCUUUGUUUACCAUAAAGAGAAGCAUGAUGUAGAAUGUUGCUGACUUAAAACACAUUCAGUGAUGUAUUUUAUACUGAAAAAGAAUUCUGUUUAAAAUAACCUUUUUCUCUUUUUUUUCUUAAACUCUUUAUUUCUCAUUUUUUCUGUUUUAGAUUAUUUUAAAAACACAGAACCACAAUCUAACUUUGAAACUGUCAUAUAGGCUGUUUAAGGAUAUAAAACACCACUAAAAUGUGCUUUUUUUCGUCAACGUUUAUUUUUGUGUAUGUUAAAAACUAAUAUAUUAAAUUAAAAAUAUAUUCUCCACUUUUGUCUCAGAGGAAUUUGGGGAUUUCACAAUACUAUGAUGUUUUUGUGAUUAUUUUUAGCCGAUAUUAAACUUUAAAUUGUUUUAAAAAGAAAUACAAAUAUUGCACACACUGUACCUUUAUUUUUAAUGAAAAUGCCCACACACGUGCAAUAACUUUUUUUUUUUGUUUGUUUUUUAUGUUAUUUUUUUAAGAGCCAAUGAAAACAUCUUGUUCUCAAAGCUGUCCUGGAUGUAACAGUGUGAGAAAAAGAAAAUCAUUUGUAUUUUUUUUCCAAAGAGGAAAAUCAACUGCAUCCACUGCUGUCUGGUGAGACUCCCAUUGGGAAAAAAAUGAAAUAAAUCCUUUUCAUGUUUUUUUGCCAGUGAAAAAACUAUGGUUAAAAAAUUAGCAUAUUUGUUGCAAAUUAGUUUUUUUCACAAAGCUGUCCAUGGAGCCGCAUGAGCAAAAGAAAAAUCCAUAGCUUUUUUUUUCAUAUCGGAAAAUUAACGCCAUCCACUUUUGCCGUCUGUGACUCCAAAUGAGAAUCAAAACCUUUUUUUUAAUUUUUUUUAAAAUAUAUUUUUAGCCAAUGAAUACAGUGUCUGAAUUAAAAUAAAUAGAAUUUUUGUUGCAAAUUGGUUUUGUUCACAAAACUGUCGUAUCAUGAAGCAAUGUGAGCAAAAACAAAAUCUAUAACAUUAUUUUUCAUGGUGGAAAAUCAACUGCAUCCACUGCUGCCCAAUGUGAAUGCCAAUGAGAAAUGAAAAAAAACAUUGCUAUCUAUUUUAGUUUCGGAAUUAGUUGUCAACACUUAGUGAUUCAUAGUAAUACAUUCACAGU